AUGACCCGGAGAGGGAGAGUCGCUCCCAGGAGCUGGUUACUCUGGCUGGGCGAACUGGAAGCCUUGUCCUCCCGUGCUCGGACAUGGACUGUGAGUCGUGAACGGGUCUACCCCACGGGGAUGAAGAGAGGGCGGGUGGCGAUUGGAGAUCCAAAUCGCUUGCGGUGGUAUAAAAGGGGUACAUUCUACGGUGGUUAUAUUACCGACGAUAAGCAGAUAUGGCCACAUGCAUCAGAGCCACGGCGCGGAUCGAUACCUGCCGUGAUACCAUCCAGUUCCGAGUGCACUCAGGGCCAAUAUAUUACGUCAGAGCGAGGUCUGUGGGCAGUAGUCUCUCAGAGAUAG